AUGUUAGGUUGUUGGACAUACGGCACAAUGGGUCUGAUGUUGACGGGUGGCGGCGGUUGGGCUGACUGUUUGCUGGUUGACGGCCCGUAUGAAGACUCACCUGCUGAGCCACCGGACAGUGGGUCCGUUGUAGAAAUGGCACAAAAGUUAACGAUAUUGUUUGCGCCGAUGGAAGGCGUGGGACACGUAAAUCCCUGCAUAGGUUUGGGUGAAGUACUGGUCAGUCGGGGCCACAAAGUGGUCUUCGCUGUCCACCACUCAUUUGCGGGAAAGUUAUCGCCAUUUGGUUUCAUUGAAGAGAUUUUUGCUCCAAAGGAAACCAAAGACCAGAUGCCGGGAGAAAGUCUGGCCAAAAGUUCACUCGAGUCGGGACUCUUGACGGCCGACACCUCUUAUAAAUGUAUGAAACUUCUGAUGAAUUGGCCGUUCAUUCAGAUAAUGCUCGACCAAAUGAGAGCCAAUGAACCACAGCUUAAAGCAAUUAUAGCCAAACAUAAUCCCGAUGUGUAUAUCAUCGACGACUUCGCCGGCUCUCCGACACUAAUCCACUCAAACAAACCCUGGAUUUUGUUGUGUAGUAGUAAUCCGUUGUGUGUAAUAAGUGAUGACAGGACUCCACCCAAUGGUUCCGGCUAUCCUACAAAUGGUGAUCGACAAGAAUGGGUUGCAUUCAAUGAACUCGUAAGAAAUGCUCACAAAACACGAAGUAUUAUGUAUAACGAGUGGAUGAAAGAGGAAGGCUUUCCCCUGAAUACUGAAAACAAAUCGAUGUCAGAUUCACCGCAUCUUAAUAUCUAUGGCUUUCCCGAAGAACUCGAUUACACAGAUAUCAGACCACUUCCUGACAAGUAUUUAAGAGUCGACGCAUUCAUGAGAAGAGGAGAGAAACAAGAGUUUAAAAUUCCCGAUAAAUUCCGGGACAGAGAUAUAGAGAAAAGUAAAUUAAUUUACUUCUCUUUGGGUUCUAUUGGUUCAGCAAAUGUUGAUUUAAUGAAUAGAUUAUUGAAUAUUCUCAGCAAAAGUCAGCACAAGAUUAUUGUCUCGAAGGGAGUUAACGGAGACACAUAUGAAUUGGGAGACAAUAUGUGGGGCGAGAAUUCGCUGCCGCAGACAAAAGUGCUGCCAUUAGUAGAUGUGGUCAUAACACACGGCGGGAACAACUCUGUGACCGAAUCACUGAGUUUCGGGAAACCUAUGAUAAUAAUGCCAUUAUUUGCCGAUCAAUACGAUAACGCACAGAGAGUUUAUGAAAAGGGAUUUGGUAUUAGACUUAAUCCUCACAACUGUUCAGAACAGCAAUUAUUGGAUUCAAUUGAAAAGCUAUUGAAUGAUAAAGAAUUGAAACACAAAUUAUCUAUGGCUUCAAAACGUAUGCUUAACUCCGAUAGCCUUCAAAAAGCGGCCGAAAAAAUUGAAAGUCUUACCUACUGUAGACCCACUACUUCGUACUUCGGGUCAACCACUCUCCUCCCACUCCUCUUCGGGUAUAGUAUCGGUCAAUACACUGGGAUUACGGGGAGUGACGGGCGGGAGUCUGCCGCGAUUCAGAAGCUGCUCUCUGCGCGCUUGUCUGGUAUUGGGUCUGUGUCUGUAUUCAGUGUCAUAAUCACCGGUCAGAGAAGUAAUGGUCGACUGCGUUGGCUCACGUCGGCGCCUCAUUUCCGGAGUCCACUGACCGGAAGGCUGAUUUCUGGGGGUCAACACAUCCUCAUAAGUCUGUUGCCUCCCCUCUUGACCCCAACCCCUGGCGCUGAACGCCGAUUGGCCGAAAGUGUUUUCACCGCGAGUGGUCACUGGCCAACCACUUCGGGCGCCACGUCUGAUAGACGGGUGCGUAAAGCGGCCGCUUUCCGGUCGAUACCCUCGGCUCAGGAGGUAUUGAAUUUGUCGCCUCUGUAUGUCUCUGUGUCCCCUGUCUUGAAUCUCUUGAGUAGUCGGGUCUAUGCCUCUGAUAUGCGCGCAUACGUUCCCAAUCGGGUGCACCAAUAUUCGGGUUCCUUAUGUCAGCCACUGAACGAUGCGGUGCUCUCGGGUCGUACAGAUACGGACGCGGCGGCAGUUGUGGCACUCGCGGCGGUAUUGUAUGCGCGCCGACCGCCGGCCGUGGUAUUGGUCUCCGAGCCCUCUCUCUGUCCAUCGCGUAAUCACCGGUCGAUACGAUGGGCCGCCGCGUAA